UAGCUACCGACCUCCUUCUACCCUUUCUCGCGCACUUCAUCAUGCUCGUUUCCCACGUCUAACAAUCCCUCCCCCACUUGACCACCUCAACUCAUCUCUCCUCCGUCACAUACAUCGAUCCUAACCCGAGUUCGCCCAUUAUGAGGUUCGGCGAGCAUCUCCGGUCGUCGCUGAUCAAGGAGUACUACUGGUACUAUAUCGCCUACGACGAAUUGAAACGAGCCCUCAGGACCGACUUUGUCGCCGAACCGGUCCCCACGUUCUCCAAAAAUAAUCGCAAAGCGUGGACAGAAGAUGACGAGAAACACUUCAUAUCGUUGCUAGAAGGGGAACUGGACAAGGUCUUUAACUUCCAGCGCAUAAAGAGCGAGGAAAUCGUACGUCGCAUCCAGACGAGCGAACAGGACGUCAAUGAUGUUAUCUCUCGACUGGAAACCACGUCGAACUCUCGCCGUCAAAGCGUCCGUUCCAAUAUUCGCGCGCCGUCCGAUGAGGAUUUCAUGGUCCUCGAGCAGGUCUUGAGUGACAUCAUCGCCGACGUCCAUGAUUUGGCCAAGUUUACCCAACUCAACUACACGGGCUUUCAGAAGAUCAUUAAAAAACACGAUAAAGAAACAGGCUGGCAUCUUAGACCAGUGUUUGCGGCACGACUGAAAGCCAAGCCUUUUUUCAAAGAUAACUAUGACGCAUUUGUGGUAAAGUUGUCCAAGCUCUAUGAUCUGGUUCGGACCAAAGGAAACCCAGUUAAGGGAGAUUCUGCGGCUGGUGGCACGCAGCAGAAUUUCGUUCGCCAAACAACCAAAUACUGGGUUCAUCCAGAUAAUAUCACUGAGCUGAAGCUCGUCAUUCUUAAGCACCUCCCGGUACUCGUCUUCAACCCGCAGAAGGAAUUUGAGGAAGAGGACACUGCCAUCUCCUCUAUUUACUAUGACAACACGGAUACAUGGGAGUUAUACCAAGGUCGUUUGAAGAAAACGGAAGGAGCCGAAGCCAUCAGAUUACGUUGGUACGGUGGCAUGAAGAGUGAUCAGAUCUUUGUCGAGCGAAAGACUCAUCGCGAGGAUUGGACCGGAGAGAAGUCGGUCAAAGCACGCUUCUCCCUUAAGGAAAAGAAUGUCAAUGCCUACCUGUCCGGUCAAUUGACAGUGGAAAGUAUUUUCGACAAGAUGAGAAAGGAAGGUAAAAAGAGUGAGGAGGAAAUUAACAACUUGGAGCAAUUGGCCCGAGAGAUCCAAUACCGGGUCAUCACACGCCAGCUAAAGCCUGUCACUCGAACCUUCUAUCAUCGGACUGCUUUCCAGCUGCCUGGCGACGCCAGGGUCCGUAUAUCUCUCGACACAGAAUUGACUAUGGUCCGUGAAGAUAACAUGGACGGUCGCCGGAGAGCCGGGGACAACUGGCGUCGAAUGGAUAUAGGUGUCGAUUUCCCCUUCGCGCAGCUUCCUGCAGAAGACGUGGAACGGUUUCCUUAUGCUGUCCUAGAGGUGAAGCUCCAGACCCAAGCCGGCCAAGAGCCACCUCAGUGGAUCAGGGACUUGACUGCUAGUCACCUAGUAGAAGCGGUUCCCAAAUUCAGCAAGUUCAUCCACGGGACAGCGACCCUUUUCCCCGAGCGCAUCCAUCUCCUUCCGUUCUGGAUGCCACAAAUGGACGUGGAUAUUCGAAAGCCCGCCACGCGUCGGUUUGGUAUUGAACGGCCUCUGGCCAGUACUUCACUAUCAGCCACUGAGACUCCAGAAGACGAGUAUGACUCGGACGAUGACGACCUGGAUGAAGCUCAAACUGGCGACAGGAGAGCUCAACGCGCAGACAACGGGAUUGUCCGGGACGAUCUGUUCGCAGAUACAGACGGUAAUGCUUUAGAUAUAGAGGAACGUAUCGCGGCCCAACCACUUCCUGGAGACGAAGACUACCCAUUGUAUGACUCGGACGAAGAGUCUAUUGAUUCGGACGAACUGGAAGAGGCUCGACGAGUUGGCGGAUCGUACUAUUACCGACAGUUGGCCAAAUUCUACGCGCAGCAAGCUGGGAAUGCUAUAGUCACUGGGCUUCUGGCCCUCGUUCCCCGACCGAGACCAACCAAUCUGCCAGCCCCAGAACAGAGAGGAAUUGCCGUAAUGGGAAAUCGACGGACGGUUCAGCGAUUUAUCGCUCCUAAGGGAAAACGUAUCCAUGUUCCAGUCCGUGUCGAACCCAAGGUCUACUUCGCCGCUGAACGAACUUUCCUAUCAUGGCUCGAAUUCUCCAUCCUCCUGGGUACCAUUGCAGCCACCCUCCUAAACUUCGGCAACGACUACAUCACCUUCGCAUCCUCCUGGGCAUUCACCAUCCUAGCUGCCCUAGCCCUCGUCUACAGCCUCGUCCUCUACAUCUGGCGCGUAGACAAGAUACGCAAGCGCCGCGACGUCAAGCGAGUCUACUACGAGAAAUGGGGCCCCACAGUCGUGGGCCUAGGUCUCGUAAUCAUCCUAAUGGUAAACUUCGGUCUACGAGCCCGAGAGGCAGGAUUUACCUCAGACGAUCACGAUCACCCAGGCAACGGUCGAGGUUCUGACUCUGGAGAAUUGUGAUCUCACCUGUUUCUUUCUUUCUUUUUUUAAACCUCUACUGGCUUGUUUUUAUCGUUUAGUUGGCCCUUUGGAUUAUUCAUACGAGCCAAAUUGGCACCGAACUUGCUUGUUUAUAUUGCGGUUGAAAUUCGAAGCUGAUGAGCACUCAUGGAUACCUCAGUUUGUGGAAAGGACUGUACUGUAUAAAAGCAUGAUUAUGAUCGUUUGGUCCGUGGAUAGUGGCGUGAUAGUGAUCGGUGAUAGUGACAAUCCAGUGAAUACGUUUCUCACACUUAUAAUUCAUCUCUCGCGUUUUCUUGGUGUUUUAUCUGGAAUUC